AUGAACACAAAGGUGACAUCCAACCUGGAUUUGGGUUCAGUCACACAACGACGAAAAGUUGGAAGUGCACGGAAAUGGAGAACGGCUAGAUUUUACCACCCCAUGAUGUCGGAAAUUAAUCUUCGCCUGAACAGCAACGUUAAAGGCAAACUGUGGAAGAUGAUUUGGUCACUGUUAUUCUUUUGCGUGAUAUCGGGAAACUGUGUUGUGCACUCCACCUUUCCUAAUAGCACGGAACCGAAUCGGAGGGAAGGGAAAGUAUGGGCUGUUUUGCCGGACGAUGGCCCAUCGUUUGGUCAUGGAUUAUCCAAAGUACAUGUUGCACAGGCAUCAACACCUGUGAAGAAGUUCAACUCUACCAACGGCAGACGGUCGAAAUUCCGUCGAGAGGUGGUCCGGAUGCCAAGAUUCUACCGACACAGAAGUGAUCUCACCAGCACCGGGAUAGUUAUGUCCCGACACACACCAAAUCAGUGGUUGGAUUCAUCGUAUGAUCUGCGUUACGGCUGUCCACCAGGGUGUCGAUGCAGAUAUUUGGAAGUUGAAUGCAGGCAGAUGCAGCUUCAAAGUGUACCGAGGGGGAUCCCACUUUCCACAGAGAAACUGAUCCUCGUGGGGAAUGAAAUCGAGAGCCUGAAUCGAUCCAGUUUUGAGGGGCUAUCGAACCUAAAAACACUAGUGAUUUCAAACAAUCGAAUAAGAUCGAUUGAACCCAGAACGUUCGAACAAUUAGUCUCACUUCGACGCCUGCGCCUCAGCCGCAAUGAACUGAAGUCACUUUCACGAGAGGUUUUGAGUGGUUUGUCACAGCUGCAACGAAUAGAUCUACGUCACAACAAAUUAACCUGCCUGGAUGCCGAUCUGUUUCGAGAUCUCCCAGAGCUGCGUCAUAUGUGA